CACGACCUAGAGCCAUACACACAGCAGAUAUAUAAAGGGCAUCUCUAUUUCCAAGAGCUCUUGUCCACUGAACACAACAUAAUUCCGCAUAUGGCCUGGGAGGAACAGCUGUCGAGCGCAACCGGGCUAAGUCUCUCUCAAUUUCGUUUCACGCUUGCGCUAUUUGCAUCGGUGCUCUUGGUUGCUGGAAUUCGGCUACUCAGAAAUACGACGUUGCGACACCUUUAUGCUCUGGUAACGGGCGUAGCCAUUAUCUAUUACCCGUUUGGCAGUGGCAUCAUACACGUUCUGCCGAUGGCAGUCGCCGCCUAUCUCGCAUUACACCUUGCGCCGCGACGAGCCGGUGCCGUAGCGUGGUGCACGGUGUUUCCCUACCUCAUCUACCUACACGUAGUGAAUGCAAGCGGGGAGUCCUGGAAGACAGGCAACAUGGACUUCACAGGUGGCGCCAUGGUUGCUGUGCUCAAGCUGGUGUCCAUCUGCGUCUGCCGACAGGACAGCUUCCGUAAGAACAAGGAGGACUUGAGCGCCUACCAGGCCGCCCAUCAGCUGGUCUCCACUCCAACUCUCCUGGAGUUCCUGUCGUACCUCUUCGGCCUGGGGAAUCUGCUGGCGGGGCCGUUCUUUGAAUUCAGCGAAUACAAGGAGUUUAUUGAGCUCAAAGGGGGCAUUACGGAUCUGAAUCCGUCUGCUAACAGUUGGCAGGGCCGCCCACAGGCGCGUAAAGGUUUCCAGCCUCAUCCCGGCACAUGCGAGCUUGUGCGCAAACCCGCACGCUUCAGUCUAAACACGGUCGAAACGCCUUGGGCUCCUAACGCCGGCCGAUCUGCGCCAAACUAUUUGGGUCACGGGUUUUUGGCUCUGCUGGAGGGUCUCUGGCACAUGGGCGUGUACCUGGGCCUCACGCUGAGCGGCUGGGACAUGGAUCACUACCACAGCGCCUGGUACUACGGCCAGCCGCUGAUCAUCAAGUGUGCCGCCAUCUGCGUCAUCGGCCUCGUAUACCAGCUGCGCUACUACUUCAGCUGGAAGAUUACGGAAGCGUCGUACGUGUUUGCGGGCCUGGACUUCAUGGGCUAUGACCCGGCGACCGGUGAAGCGCAGUGGGGGAGAUGUCGCAACUGCAGCUUCUUGGGCGUGUGGCUGGCGGACAGCGCCCGCAACGUGCCCCUCAAUUGGAACAUUUGCACAGGGAACUUCCUGCGACGGUACGUGUACGAGCGGGUGGCUCCCCGCAACAGGAAGCCCGGCUUCCAGUCGCUCCUCUUCACACAGCUCGUCAGCGCCAUAUGGCACGGGCUUUACCCGGGCUACCUCAUGUUCUUCGUGGGUACGGCAGUCUGGAUUUUCUUCUCGCAGAUUGUCUACAAGACGGAGGCCUAUUUGCCGGCCGUUGUUCGCAAACAUCUUCUAUACCGAGCAAUCAAGAUUAUCUGGACCGUAUUCGUGCUCAACUACAUGGCUUGUGCCUUCCAGCUCCUGGACUACAAGUCAAGUAUGGAAGCGUACGCAUCUGUGAACUACUUUCCCUUCAUCGUCAUGGUGGUGGUCAACGUGCUGGGCUCCUUUGUCAAGCAGAAGCGCCCAGCCAAGCCGCCCACGGGACCUGGAGGCGCAACGCCCAUGGCGGUGAACGGCAAGAACGGAGGCAACAAGACGGACAGCCGGCAACACGCCUGCCCCCCGCCAACCCCCAAUGCCAUCGCCAUGCCGCAACGGAAGCGCACCAAGUCCACCAAUAAGAUCGAUGCCGUUGGUAUCCCCCCGGGGUUUGAGCGGCCCAAUGAGGACAUUGUUUGGCUGACUGACGCUUGUGGUGGUGAUUUCAAGAGCUGGGCCUAUGUACUUCAGGGCUCGACGACGGUCAUCUGCUUUUUUUGCGACACACAUAAGGAGAGUAACGCCACCAUUUCCCGCACGAACUGGGAUCGCUCAACUCGCUUCAACCGCAUGCGGUCGGCUUUGUGA